CACACACAGACAAACACACGCGCACACACAACCAUAUACAGACACAGAGACCGCGUACUGCUCUCUGACCACUCGCACCCACUUCCCCGGAGCCGACCUCGCCCGCGGCAAGUGCGUCCUGCGUGGCCGCGGAAGAAGCGAGGGGCUAAGCGGCCGCGGCGCCAGGGAACCGGCGCGCGGCGGGAGCGGCGGCCGGGACACUCCGGCAGCACCCGGUGCCUCCAGCAGCCGCGACCGCCCCCGCGGGGGCUGAAGGGCACAGAGCCGCCACCCCGCUCGCUCCCGGGCCCCCUGCUACCCCAUGAGAGAAGGAGAAGCCGGGCGAAGGAGCAGGACGCUCGGCAGCUGGACUCCUCCGCAAGCCCCGAGCGCCCCCUUCUCCUGCCCGGCUCCGACGCCCGGGAAGCGACAUGCAACCGCCGCGCUUGGGCUGAAAGGGGAAGGGGCCGGCGCCACCCGCCCGCUCGGAACCCGGUCCCAGCGGCGGCUGCUCGUCCCGGCCGCGGUCCCCAGGGCCCGGGAGUGAGCAGGGACCGGAGCAAGAGAGGAGGCCGGCCCGGAGUGGGCCGGGGCGGGGGAGGAGGGCGCGGGGGGGCGGGGAGGGGGCCCCGGCGGAUAAAGAUGGCAAUGUCUCUCAUCCAAGCGUGCCGCAGUCUGGCUCUCUCAACAUGGCUGCUUUCCUUUUGUUUCGUGCAUCUGCUCUGCCUGGACUUCACCGUGGCCGAGAAGGAGGAAUGGUACACCGCCUUCGUGAACAUCACCUACGCCGAGCCCGCGCCCGACUCGGGGGCGACGGGCGGCGGCACGGAGCUGCACACGGAGAAGACCGAGUGCGGGCGCUACGGGGAGCACUCGCCCAAGCAGGACGCCCGCGGGGAGGUGGUCAUGGCCAGCUCGGCCCACGACCGCCUGGCCUGCGACCCCAACACCAAGUUCGCCUCCCCGGCCCACGGCAAGAACUGGAUAGCCCUCAUCCCCAAGGGCAACUGCACGUACAGGGAUAAGAUCCGGAACGCGUUCCUGCAGAACGCCUCGGCCGUGGUCAUCUUCAACGUGGGCUCCAACACCAACGAGACCAUCACCAUGUCCCACGCAGGUGUCGAAGACAUCGUGGCAAUAAUGAUCCCUGAGCUAAAAGGGAAGGAGAUCGUCAGCCUGCUGGAAAGAAACAUCACCGUGACCAUGCACAUCACCAUCGGAACCCGCAACUUGCAGAAAUACGUGAGCCGCACUUCGGUGGUGUUCGUCUCCAUCUCCUUCAUCGUCCUGAUGAUCAUCUCCCUCGCGUGGCUGGUCUUUUACUACAUCCAGAGGUUUCGAUAUGCGAACGCCAGGGACAGGAACCAGCGCCGACUGGGAGAUGCAGCAAAAAAAGCCAUCAGCAAGCUCCAGGUCAGGACCAUCAAGAAGGGAGACAAGGAAACAGAGCCCGACUUUGACAACUGUGCCGUUUGUAUUGAAGGCUACAAGCCCAGUGACGUGGUCCGGAUCCUGCCCUGCCGGCAUCUUUUCCACAAGUCCUGUGUUGACCCCUGGCUCCUAGACCACCGCACCUGUCCCAUGUGCAAGAUGAACAUUCUUAAAGCCCUAGGGAUCCCGCCCAAUGCCGACUGCAUGGACGACUUGCCCACCGACUUCGAGGGAUCGCUGGGAGGCCCCCCAACCAACCAGAUCACAGGCGCAAGUGACACCACCGUGAACGAAAGUUCAGUCACUUUGGACCCUGCCGUCCGCACUGUGGGAGCCCUGCAGGUGGUCCAGGAUCCAGACCCCGCCCCGCAGGAGGGGGAAGUCAUCUUUUCUACCAACAGCGAACAGGAGCCCGCCGUGAGCAGCGACUCGGACAUCUCGCUCAUCAUGGCCAUGGAGGUGGGACUGUCUGACGUGGAGCUCUCCACCGACCAAGACUGCGAGGAGGUGAAGUCGUGAAGGGGCGAAUAUGGGAGAAAGGGACGGUAGGACCCAAGGGGACAGAGGAGAGGGGAGCCCCGCGACCUGGACCGGGCACACAGGCCUCCGGAACACCUCGGCCCCUGCAGGGCGCCCCGCUCAGGAAUGGUCGCGAAAAGCAAUACCCGCGUCCGGCUGGUGGCGCAGCCGCUCCGCCUCCACCGCAGCCGCAGCCGCGGCCUGGGCAGGUUGGAGGCCGAAAGCUGAGUUCCCCUCCCACGUCCUUGCAGACACGCUGUUCAGAAGCUCCUACCACAGACGGAGAGGACGCGUUUAGGGCUUCUCGGUUUUCAUUUCAAUUUUUUCCUGGUCUUGUUUUUUUUGUUUUGAAAUUGUUUGAUUUCUCUGGUGGUUUCUUUUUAAAGACCAUGUAUAGUUUCCUUUAGGUUCACGCCUCUGCGUUUCCUUUGAUUCGCCCCAGCAUUUACGGAGGGUGGUGUUUAGAAGUCCCGCUGUGACUGGUCUGUGCAUUCCGUCUCUGAGAUGAAGGACUCAGCCUGAAGCAUGCCUGGCUUGCGGAGGUGCCUCUGCAUGCUGACCCAGUCGAAGGCCAGCUUUCACUAGGAAUCUGAAUUCUUUCCAGUGGGUCUUGAACUUCCCAGCAGCCGGAGACCCCGACACUAAGCUGUGAAUCUGCUGAGGCCACUGCUCAUUGGUGUCAGCAGCAUCACGCUGGUGGCCUCUUGCCCAGCGCUGUGGAGGCCCAUGUGACAUGAGAAGGAAUCUCUAGGGAGGCACUUUCAUUUGUCUGGGUCUCACCUUCUUUGGCUGAAAUUCUGAACUCAGAGGUCCCCUCCAGGGCAUUAAGGCCAUUCUCCAUGGCUGUAGGGCUUGUAGCUGGAAUUACAAGCUCAGUUUCAAAACCAGAUAUCACGAAUCGUUCCUGAAAGUAAAACAUCUGUUGUACUGCCUUCCCCAAAGCCAGAGCAGGGUCUGUGACCUCACGCAGCUUCUACAGGAAAUGGAGGCCUUAGUCACCUUCAAGCCCGUGUCCCCACAGUGCAGGUUCUACCUUAAUUCCAACACACUUCUGUUACCCCCUCCAGACCUCGAGGAAGGGUUUGGAUGAAUCCUUUGCAGGUUGCUUCCCAGGGCUCCCUGAGCGGGUCCAGAUACCAGGUGAGGAGAGAGGUGUGAUUCGAUGAACACUUGGUCUAAAAGGCUCAGCAGGGGAGUUGGCGACGUCAGGCUUCUCCUGAUGGAGAGGGACAGAGAAAGGAAGAGGUACCCAGAGAGCACUACACGCCACCGUUUUGAAACUCUAUGUUUGUAUUCUUUUUCUGUAACUAUGACAGAAAUGUGCUAUUUUUCCAGCGUGCAAUUUUGAGUACGUUCAUUUAGACUCCCCCAGGGCAGAGGCGAGGAAGGAAGGGAGCGAUUUCUCUGCACAGUCAAGGACCGCUGUGGGCUGCCGCAGGGGUUGACAGGAGUGGGGCUUCCCGCCCCCGAGUUCUCUGCACAUCAGAGGAGGCUUCUCCCCACUCCUCACACUAAUACUGAUCCAGAAACCAGAGCCGGGUUCCGCCAGAAAACCUCGCUGCCCACUGAAGCAGGGAGUGCCCAGCGGGGACCUGGGCCUCGUGCUUGCUGGGUCUCUCCUUUUCAACCUGUGAAGUGGAGGGCGCGUAGCAAGACGGUGCCCAAGGCACCUUCUGGCCUAGCACCACCAGUGAGCACUUUGCCAGGGGUGUCCGUGUUUCACAGGAUGGCAGGUGGCCACCGCUCUGCCUUGGGGAAGCGGAGUUGCUAGACGUGUGACUUACAGUGACGUCUUUUGAGAUUUGGCGCUCCUGUGUUGCUGAGUGUGAGUCUCUCAGGGACUGAAGUUUUAAGCCCAAGUAGGAGUUGCUUGGUUUCACCUGGUUUCCGAUCCUCUGUUAGUCACUACGUGUGCCAUCUCUGGACACCCUCCAAGCCUGGUGUUUUUGUGGGCAGUUGUUCAUCUCAAGGUGUUCCUUUUCUUGGUCAGCCUGGGCCUGCAGUACCUACCCCUCCUUCAUCGGUUUGGCCCCAAACAAAUUUUGGUCUUAAGUCAGGUGGAAUUAGAGGGAUAAUUCAACAGCAAAAGAAAUAGGCUUCGCAUUCCAUUUGCAGAGAGAGCGCGCCUGCGGCGGUGCAUAGCCCUCUGCCUGGUGGUUCUCUCUCCCUGCGGGUUCCCUGGGGCUGCGUGCGGCCGCUGCAGCCGCUAGAGGGCGCUGCAGAAAUGCUGAGGGGCCUCGGGGGCUCAGCAGAGGCCUGUGGACCUGACCCCCUGAGUCUGUGAGGUUCUCCACUUACCAAAGGUCUGUUUCUGGAGGAUUCUUCUGUGACUUUGGUAGCUAAAAAAAAAAAAAAUUAACCAGCAUGGAAGGGUGCAAAAGAAAUAGAAACAUCACUUCUUCCCCUACAGCAUUCCUCACCACCUCCCACCAAAGACCUGGGGACCCCAUGAUUCACAGAGGGUAUCAAAAGGUUGGGGAACUCUCUAGAAGUGUAGGCAAAGUUUAAUGUACUGGCUGAUGUGCAUUUUUCCAUCAUGAGUGUCUAGACCAGCACUGUCUAAUAGAAAUGUAAUGCAAGUAAAAAAAGUCAACACGUAAAAAUAAUUCAGUUACCUGUUUUUUUAGUCCAAUAUUAUUGUUUCAACAUGUAAUUCAUGCGAAAGUGUGAAUGAAGUGCUUUGCAUCCUUGUUUGUACUUGGCCCUCUGAAACCAUUACACUCCCAGGCCUCUCCACCCGGGCGAGCUCCCGAUUGGACAGUGCCGGUCUCCAGCUUCCCCAGUCUUCUCCCUGGGUUCCCUGGCCCUUACAAAGAAAACAGGUUAAAACCUAAUUACCUGCCCGGAGGACUCGACUCCACCCAAGCGGCCUACCUAGAGGCUCACAGGAGCGUUUGUUUUGUAACCACCCUUGCUGGGAUUUCUGCUUAAACUUCCCAACCACACCCUGAGCCCCAUUAGCAUUUACUGCUAUUUCUCCGGCCAGUUAGUUUUCAGAAAGUCACACAAACCACAUCGAUUUGGUGCUCAAACGAGAGCCUGCCCCCCCUUCCUCCAGCAAAUCCUUAGGCCGAUCCGAAGCAGAAGAGAAUUCCAGACUGUAGUCCUGCAAGGUGACCUUGACCCCUAGCAGUCCUUCCUGCUUGGUGGGAGGUCUUUUCCCAGGCCUGGGGCCCCCUGGGGCCUUAGAAGGGAAAAGUAGGAAGUUCCUAUUGACUCCAAAUACCAGACUUUGUGUGGCCGUACUGAGAAAAAGUCUUUGGGGCUGGAGACUGUCCAGACACUCCUGGGUGAACUCUAACUGCCUGGCAACAGCCCAACUUCUCGAUUGAAAUCAGCAUCCCGGCCCCCCAACCCUGAGGCCGUGGACUAGAACCAGAGCAUUUUCAGUCCCUCAGAAUAAUGUGAAGUCACCUCUAGGUAGUGCGACCCUCUGUGUGGCUGGUCCCUUUGGGAGGAGCUGAGCCCUCCCCAAUCAGGAAGACAGCACCUGAACCUUGAGGGGGUCUCCAGGGUUUGUCACCCCAGCAGUGUCAACUGUGCCAUCCAGGCAGGAAGAGUGGAGAGUUUGAGAAGGUAGGAGGUGAGUAGUGGCAACAGCGCCUACCUGUUCUGACAUCACCUAGUCAGCCUGGCAACCCUGGAGGCAAGUCUCUGUCCUAAGAGGUUUGUUUUGCCCGGUUCCCGGCAUUUCCUUCAUUCUGGUGGGAACAUCUGGGCUCCGGGUUUGGUCACAGGAAGAACCGCGGUGCCUGAUGGGCUGUUUGGUUAGUGCCCUGACCUCCCCAUGGCUGCCACGCUUUUAGAAUCAAAAAUGCCGACAGGUAAACUAACAUAGAAUUCUUUCUUAUAUUUAUGAGUUUUGAUUAGAUGAAAAUUCUUGUCAAGCAUACAAAAUAAACGGGCUCACCUUGACUGAACACGAAGAAAUCUCAUUAAAUCAAAACCCUUUCACCAAAAGGGUGGGCUGUAGAGUCACACCUCUGUGGAGCGAGGGCCCAGGCGAUUUCCGGCAGCGUUUUCACACGCUCUCACUCAGAUCUCCACCCUCUGCUGUCUCCAAGCCUGGCUUUCUCUGAUCGCCCGUCUCUGCCUUUGGGUGCGCACCCACACCAGUCCUUCUCCCAUCUUUCAGGACACGGGGCCUCGGUUCUGUAGGUCUCAGAGUUCCCAGGUGGGCACCGCUGUUAGUGGGGUUGGUGUUUUCCUCUUACGUCAUGGCAACCCCUGUACCUGUGCUUCAGAUGAUCACACCCAGUUUACGCUCAUGGCAGAGUCCUCUGUGAAGGAACUAGCCCCGCGUUCCCUUCUCAGAUCUAAUUGUAUUGCAGACCAUAUACAUACAGCUCUUUCCUUUUCUCCUCGCCAGAGAAGUCUCCUAGGGAAAGCUUGGCAAGGAAAUACUCCAGAAGACUGUCCAGGUUUAUGGUCUUCCACCUCCAGCAUGUGCGGGGACCUUCCUAGCUCACUACAGGCCCCGGGGGUAAGAUUUCUUAGAAAAAUGUGUGGGCUGUGCCGUAUGCAAUGGCCACUCGUGCUGCCUAACAUUGUGGCGUGAGAGAUUGUCCCUGUAAGUGAUCUGCGAGGCCACUUCUUCCUUAAGACUGAGAAAGACACACAAAGAAACCACCCUCCAAGGGGAGGGACGCAUGGUGCCCCGGGCACUGCUCUGAGCCCCAGAGGCCCCUCAUCCAGCUAUUUCAGGGCCAGGACUGAGGAGCGCAUUUGGCGACGGUUGUUAACGGGCUGUGUGAGGGCUUCCUUCCUCCGAGUCGGGACAGAGGAUGGCGGGAUAGGAACGUGAAUGUUCUUCCCCAAGUAAGUGCCACGCCCCAGGUGUGCAGCUGACCUGGUUGUGUGUGUGUGUGCAUGUGCCUGUGUUAAGGGGUAAACACUCCUGAUUACAGAGAAGGUCUGGAUUGCCUAAAACACCUAAACUCACGGUGAGCAGCAGGAAUGAGUUUCUCACCACUUACCUCUCCCUUUGUCCCACUUCUCUCCCCCAUCGCACAGGGCCAGGCCUGUGGUCACGGGGACAGUUGAUUUUAAAGAACCUCGAGUUCUUUAAACCCAACUCAGCUAGGAGCGCCUAGCUGCACUCCUCCACGCUGAGUCUUCGACGGCACUGAAUUGUCAUCCCAAAACUAGAGGAGAGGGUCCAGAUCCCAGAGGGGUGCCCUUCAUCACCGAGCCCUCUAAUUGCAAAACCUGCCUGUUUUGCCACCUGCCAAGGUCAUUCACAUCUCUCUGAAUCAUGCCUCCCUCAAGGGCUUCUUCAUCAAGUGGCUUUUGUCAGGAAUCUCAGUGACCCAAGACCUUCUCAUCUUCGUUACUAUGGACGUUGCACUUACCGUGGAGCCAUUUGCUCUGUGGCCACCAAUCAAUAUUUGUUGAUUUGAUAAAGCCGGAAUAUAGAGAUCAUCUUAAGAGGUCUGCAGGUCUGAACAGAGCACAGGAGAAAAACCUGUGGAGAAAGUGGCUCAACCUGAGUCACCUGUAGUCACUACCGGGCAGAAAGCCUGUGGUCUUAGCGUCCCUACUGAAGCAGAGGGUGUGGAGAAGCAAGGAAAUGUGGGGGUCCUGUGUGCUCUGCAAACCAAAGAUGGAUGGCCAUCUAAUGGACACGUGCUUCUUCCACGGACUAGCUGAAUUUUCCCCUCAUGUCCUCAGAAAUAAAAGUGAAGGCGGGUUGCCUGGUUGAAGGGAACUGUGACAUUUCAAGAGGGUUUCUCUUUGCAGGCUGGUGACUGACCUUACUAAACCCAGAAAUCUAAAAAAAUUAAAAAGUCUUAUUGCCUUAGUACCUCAGCAUCUUUAAAGUCUAGUGGUUACUCCCCUUCUCCCUCAAAAGGUUUAAACACAUCUAUGUCUUUAUUCAACUCAGAAUAUUAUUCUCUUGGAGAAUGUGAUGAUUUUCAAUAGCCAAAGAAUUUUCGUGUGUGAGAGCUAGCUAAUUAAUAUCCCACUCUUCCGAAGACAAUACCAAACCUUUGCCUGUGCCAGUAGGCAGAGCGAGCGCCUGAAGGACUCACUUACUGAUCUGUAGGGUGUUGUCGCCAGGGGGCAGGGCGCCCUCUGCUGCACAGUCAUUCUUUCAGCCGGUUCAUUUAACUACAGAGUCACCAUUUCAUCAGCUGGUUGUUUGCUUGUCACUAUCCAGUCCCCCAGUAGCUGAGAAUUUGGUUUAUCAGAAGAGGAAGGAAUGUCACAAACCCCGAGAAGUCAAAAGAGAGCGCCACCGGAGACCUCGCUGCCAGCAGCCUUUUCUUCUGCACGGAGUUGCCAGGCAUUGUUCGCCGUUUGUGGAAAGACGCCUCUGGCCGGAAUGUUUGUGCAGAGUCAGAAUAAGGCAGAGACCUGACCGUUUCGUAACUUCUCUCGACUGGAUCCUGUCAAACAAAGGAAGAUGGGUGAACAGACGUCUCGCCUAUGAAUGUGGAUGGUGUGAAAUACUGACGUGUUUUCUACAUGUCCAUAACAGUGUAUUUACCCCCUGCUUUCACAGUAGUUAUCUGGAAUUGUUGUACCAUUUUAUAAUUAGAGAUGUGUGGGGUGGGGGAGGGGCGGACAGGCUGUUAUUUUUGUAGUGGGAUGGUCCUCACAUCUAGAAAACUUGAAGUAACUUUGUAUUUGUGAAAAGUUACAUUCCAUUCAUUUCCUGAGAAAAAAUGGGUCUUGUUCUUGAAAGCAGCCCUGAGCUGGGAGAAGGAUCACCCUGUCGUAGGGGACCCUUCCAAGGAGAACACAGGGCCCGCAGACAGGACGUCUGCUUGAGUGCGGUUGGUAGGGCAGUAAUCUGGGUGGAAUAAUUUCUAGUUUUAAUUUGACCAUUUCACCUAAAAUGUCCUAUGGUGUGCUUGAGUGUGAUAUUGUUACGUUGCAGAAGUACAUGCUUAUGAUUUUGUAAUGAAAGGGUUUGUAAUGAAAAGGGGGCGUGAUUUGUGCCACACUUUGUGUGUGUGACUUGGCAGUUCUGUGGGCUGCAGACCGUGACCAGCCAUUGCCAGCUCCAUAAUGUGAAAAGGGAACCCCCCGACAUAUUUUAACCCCUCUGUAUAUAGCGUGUGACUUCCACUGAAAAAGACAUCUGCUCCAAAAAACGGAUUUACCGUUAUGAUGCAGUGAGACGUGGCACCAUUAGUCAGUCUCUGGGAGCUCCCUACUAUGGAGAAAAAAAAAAUCCAGUGGAUGUAUUUUCCCUUUCUAUCCAUGAAUUGUGUGAUUUUAUUGUAAAACACACGAUGCCUCGGGUAGAGUUGGACGCAGCUUCCCCGUGAGGCCCUCUGGCCCGCCUGCGGCCUGUGCCCUUGACACUCCACCGUGGAGGUCGUCCCACCCUCUCCACAUUCAGGCCGUGGGACUGCGCCUCCUGGUGUGUUUGCCACGUGACUCGAAAUCCACAGAGUCAUCCCUGAUAGCACUUGCCUGGGUAACUUUCAGUUUGGACUUUGGUUAGCUCUUCAUUGCUGAAAACUUCGCCAUGGAUGAAGUAGCCAUUUCGCCCAGCCAUCAUUUUCUAGACGAAGUCACGGGUCUAUUGAAAUGAUUAGUGAGGGCAGUGUCGGUAUCUUUUUCCGUGUAAAUCUCUUUUCUUCUUCCCCACCCCAAGUACCCACCUUGUUCCUUCCAAAGCACUUUAUAUCUCGAAAUACAAAGAAGUUUUUACGAAGCAGUUUUUAAAGGGAUGUGUCUUCUGUGAAGAGACAAGGGCGUUUCUUCUGCUCGAUUCUGUUUUCCGUGUGCUGGGGAGUCUAACAGUGCGUCUCAUGCUGGGAGUGACGAAGUGUCGCGGAUGCGAGUGGACAGCAUUCAAACGUACACCACAUGGCUAUUUUUGUUACUUAGAAGACUGUCAUGUAAAUAAGUGCCAUCGUCUUCUUAUGUCUCGGUCUGAAAAAACUGCACCUCUGAUGAUUUGGAAAAGAUUGUGAAUUCCAGGAUAUUUCACUGCAAAAUUUUGUUGGGUUUUGUUUUUUAAUAAAACGGAAUCAGACACCGGUG